CACACGCAUACAAAAAGUAAUCUGGGAUAUAUUCCUCAAACGGAAUUAACGGGACCUGCCAGGGGUACACGGGGACCGUCGAGUUGAGUGGCGCUCUGGGACUGUUUGUCCGGAUUAAACAAAGUGUGGAAAAAGCCGGUCUAAUUCGAAAUGACUUCACACUUAAGGCCAGUUCGGCAGGAACAACAAGUAGCUCAGAACGUAUCAUGUGGCUUUGGAAGUUGUGCAUAUUAUCCUUCAGCAACACACUACGAUAAAUAUUGGUGGAGUAGCAUCUAAAAGGUAACGCGAUCUUUGAUAGGCUGUGAGUGUCCCUCCAUUCCAAAAUCUGGUUUUAUGAAUGAUUCAGUAUAAUUGCAGACUUUGUCUUUAUCUUAUAGGGAUAAAGCAGAUAAAAAACUGACACAUGUUGUACCCGUCGAGAAGAUUGAGUGUAUAACCGACAGCAACACUGUUGAAGGAAAGGAGAAAAGUGGAGCCCAGUAUUUUUAUCUGCGUCGAAUUACCGAGGCAUCUCUAUAACUUCCUUCAACAACCGUUAAUUUUCUCUGCGAGAUUCUCAACAGGUGAAGACAAAAACAGCUUCACCCCCAGAAGACCGUUUCUCAUUAGGCUGGUGCGUCAAACCGACUAAUGCGGUGGCUAGCCCUUGCAGUUGUCUGUCUGGUGACUGAACAGAGUGCUCGAGCUGGUUUGGUGGAUUAUGUCAUUAAGAACACGGCCUAUGGAGAGUUGAGGGGACACACACAGGAGAUAUUCCCGCGUCGACCAGUUGACAUAUUUCUAGGUGUGCCCUAUGCUAAGCCUCCCGUCGAUGAACUUAGAUUUGAGCCACCGGAAUCUCCUGAGCGAUGGGAGGGAGUAUGGAACGCCACAGAGAUGCCACCGGCCUGUCCUCAGCUCAAAUCAGACCUAUCUUAUAUCCGUGCCCACGUGCCCAACUUCAACAACACCAGCGAAGACUGCCUCUAUCUGAAUAUCUAUGCUCCAUACAGAAGACGUAAUGCAGCGUCAAUGCCAGUACUCGUGUAUAUACACGGAGGAUCAAAUGAGUACGGCAUGGGUGGGAUGUUUCAUGGAACGGUUCUGGCUUCCUGGACUGAUGUCGUUGUUGUUACCCUUAAUUACAGACUAGGACCACUAGGAUUUCUAAGUCUUGGUAAUGACGACAUGCCCGGCAAUUAUGGACUCCUCGAUCAGUUAGCGGCGCUGAAAUGGGUUAAAGACAACAUCCACACAUUUGGCGGCGACCCAACACGUGUGACCCUUACAGGUCAUAGUUCAGGCAGCUGUGAUGUCAGCUUACACAUGGUGUCCCCACUGGCCAAAGGUCUGUUCCGGUCGGUGAUCACCCUAAGCGGCUCAAUGACGGCAGUGUGGGCUAUAAUGAGAAAACCCAGCAAACCCGAGCCCUACGCCAGAAAAAUGGGCGAAGGGCUGGGGUGUGUGGAGAAAGACUCUUUUGUUUUUAAGUCCUGUCUCAAGAAUAAAACGGUGGACGAACUUGUGGAAGCCAAAAUUGAUAGGCCACCUGGUUUGUUCAGGUACUACCCUGUGAUGGAUGGCCAGUACAUGCCGGCGCUUCCUGAAAAGCUGGUGGAUAAUGGGGCAAUGAACGCGCGGACAUACUUUACUGGAGUAACCAAAGAUGAAGGAGCGUUAAGUGCUCGGACGAUAUUAGACCAUCGAGGCACUGGCAAUUUAACUCCUAAGUUCUUAAGAUCGGUAUUACAGGAGAAUGUUCAUAACUUCCCCAACGUCACUGGCAUUGUGGAUUUAAUGAUGUAUGAGUACACCAACUGGCGGAAUAUAUCGGAUUCAAACGCCACACUUCAGCUUAUUUCAGAGUUAUUCGGAGAUGUUACAUACGUAGCUCCUAUGAUAAAAACGGCGGACAUCCUAUCACAGAAAAAUGUAUCAGUCUAUGUGUAUACAUUUGAACAUCGCUCCAAGGAACAUCCGUUGGAUAAGUGGCUUGGAGUGCCUCAUGGCGAUGACCUGUUCUACGUUUUUGGGGCACCGUUGGUAGGCCACAAGCUGUACAACUAUACAGAUGAGGACAAGAGAGUCAGCGAGAUGAUUAUGACGAUAUGGGGCAACUACGUAAAACAUGGAGUUCCAGCUCAAGAUACACGGAUGGCUGGUGAGAAGGGGAAGCUCAAGGCAUACAGUUAUCCGUCCAAACUCUACACGAAAUUCAUUAGCGAAGAGGGUCUGGCCACGAGCAAGACCGCUGGCAACAUGCGGGCCCGAAAAAUGGCUUUCUGGAAUGCGCUCCUCCCAAAUUUGAAGCGGGCCACAAUAGGCCACACCUCUCCUCUGACCACAACACGGCUGCAUGGGCUGGAUUUCGAGCUGCUAACCUGGAUUUUGGUAGCCGUGUCCAGCGCCUUGUUCAUCCUCCUCUUGAUAAUGAUUCUUUACGUAAUGCGAUUACGGAACACUCUGACUAAAGCAAACAAACCGAGUGCCUUUCCAGAAAAUAACUAAACUUUGCUCACUUUCAUCAGAAUGUUAAUAUUUGUAUACUUCAUUGUUACGCAAAAUAAAUAGACGAUAAUGUAGAAUAGGAAAUGUUUAGAUAUGAAACAUAAUGUAAAUAAAUUUCAAUACUUGAAAUAAUUGAAUGUUUCAUUUAUUGGACAUCUUCAGCAAACAGUAGAGAA